AUGCAGCCUCCAAAGGCUGAACCGCUUCAGAUUCCCUCCGAGGAUGACGUGCCUCUCUUCGACCCAAGCGGCCUCAGCGCCUCCCUCUCCGUCGACGACUGGCACAACUCCUUCGACCUUAGCAGCGUAGCCGCAGCACGCCUUGGCAUCGGUUCGCCCCCGUCCCAACAAGCCUCCGCCUCCCUCUCCAACUCUGCUUCCAUCGCCAACCUCACCCGCUCCGACUCGCGCAACAACUCCAACUCUGAUACCGGUCGCACAUCCUCCCAUCCGCCACCGCCGCCGCAGCAUGACUCCGACCAGCAUGCAGACAGUAUCGACGAGCAAUACGAUCCACGGCGCGGCAGGCGGCGUAGGAGCUCGGCAGCGCAGUCCGACCAACAUCCGUCCUCAUCCACAGCCGUCAGCUCCGCCGUACUCCCGCAGAAGGACACCUCGGUUGGCUCCAAAGUGCGCAUGUGGUGGGAACGUAGCGAGGCUGCCACACCCGACGCCGAUGCCAACCCUGCCUCCACCGCCAAGCAGGUGGCUGGCCCCGACUCGCUCCCUCCUCUGCGCACCGAUAUGCGCCCGGCUGAGUCGUCGUCUGCAGCCAACUCUACUUUCACCUCUCCCACCGUGCUCUCGCCCGAAUCGUCGUCGUCCGUCGUGCGCUCACCAGCCGCCGACUUCCUCAGCGCCUUCUCGAGCCUCAACAGCGUCGUCCAGCCCGCCAACUCGUACGACGCUCGCUCGCUCUCCUACUCUCCGCCACGUGCGGGACAUCGCAGCCUCGGCGCUUCCCUCAUGCGCGACGACGUGCGCAACGGCUCCGCCGCAGCUCCUGGAUUCGCCUCCCUUCGCGGUCUCGGAAGCGCCGCUGCCAUGCUAUACGACACUCAGAUCACCACCGCUCCCAACCCGCCGCCUCGGUGCGAUGAUGAGGGCGCGCGCGUCGGCCCAGCAGGCCGAUACCUUCUAGGAAAGACCAUCGGCUUUGGCGGAUUCUCCACUGUGCGCGAGGGCUGGGACCUUGAUGCGCAAGGGCCGCCCGAUCCUACCGCCCCACUCAUCGAUGGCCAGCGCAAAGGUCGCCGUGUCGCCGUCAAGAUCGUCUACCACGACUCGCAGCAGGGUUCGCCGGCGCGCGAAGCGGGCUCCAACAAGCAGCCGCACGCGCAGAGUCAGUCGCACGAGCUGAACAUCUGGAAGAGCCUGCCUGUCCAUCCGCAUCUGCUUCCGCUGCUCCACCACGAGUGCCUCCCCAUCGAUGCCCACCAUGCCAGCCCCACCCACGCCUCGGGCGGUGCGCUCGCCGAGCUGCUCAUCAUGCCCUACUGCGAUCAGGGCAACCUGCUCGACUUUGUGCGCAGCGAAGGCGCCGUCGGCACCGCGCCCUACGUGCCCAACGGCGAGCAGAUGCAAGCCGCAGAAGACCGCAGAUCCGGUUCCGGCUCGUGGAUCGCCCCAGGCUCGGCGCGAUCGUCAAUGCAGCUCUCGAGGAGCUCGUCGCUCAAGGCGUCCAUGGACGAUCCCGCUUGGCGCCAGUCGGGCUCCAGGACCGGAUCGGGCUUCAUGCUUCCGCGCAAUCUUGGCUCGCAUGCGCUCGGUCGCGUCGCCUCCGUGUCGGCGGCGUCGCAGCUGCGCACCAUCCCCGCGGGGCAAGAACCGUCGUCCUCGUUGGCAUCGUCGCCCGUCUCGGCGGCGGGCAGCGCGUCGAGCGGCUCGAGAUUGAUCCGCAGAACCACCAGCCGCACCUCGCGCAGCCAAGGCAUUCCCCUCGAUGCAGCGCGCGAAACCAUGCGCCAGCUCGCGUCUGCACUCAGCGCGCUCCACACAAAGAGCCACGUGCUGCACGGCGACCUCAAGCUCGAAAACGUGCUCGGCCAGGAUCAGUCGUCGUGGAAGAAGCGCCAGCGCAUGUCGACGCUCCAGUCCGACGGAGAUGAGGCUCGCUCGAGGCAGAACAGCGCUGGCCUUGCCGACUCGAUCGAUUCGCUCGCCGCCUCGUCCGUCUCGUCGCGCCACACCUUUGAUGUCACCGAUGCCGUCAUGCCUUGCUGGAGGCUCGCCGACUUUGGCCUCGCGCAGGUCAUCGAUCCUGCACACGCCAAGAGCGCGGUUCCUGCUGCUCCGGCUCUGAUUCGCGCGCUCAAGGAGGAGGCAAAGGCUGCGCACGAGCCCAAGGGCCCAAGGAACGCGCAGAGGACAGGUCGCGGCGGCUCGUUAGCGUAUACUGCGCCCGAGUAUCUGCGUGCCCAGGGCAGGUCGGGCUCGACCAGCCCGCGCACGCCAGACGACUUGGCCGAUGAUGACGAGCUGCCGACCGAGUCGCCGUUCGCCGCCGACAUGUGGGCGCUUGGUUGCAUCCUCUAUGCGCUGCUCAGCGGCAAGCUGCCCUUUUCCGACUCGUUCGAGCCGCGCCUCCAGAUGAAGAUCGCAAAGGCGCAGUGGGAGUUGCCGCCGCGACUCAGGCGGCGCGCCGAGCGGCUCGUUGCUGCGUCGACCAGCACGCUCGUGUCGCAGCGCAGCGUGUCGAACCGCAACAGCUUGGUCGACCGCGCCGGCUCCGUCGAGCCCGCCAGCGUCGCGGAUCGGUUCGCCUUCAGCCAACGCCGCAGUGCCUCCGGCGCACCGCAUGGUCCCUCGAGCUUAGGCACCAUGGAUCUCAGCGCCUCGUUGCCGUCGCUGCUGCCGCGCGAGAGGCAGGCGACGGAGCCAGCGACCAGCGCGCUGUCGAGACGCAUGGUGGCGGUGCACUCGAAUCAGGUGGUCGGCUCGGCGCCAGGCAGGGCGGACCACGUCGAGAGCUUCGAGAUCAACAGUGUCGCCAAGGCCCGCGCCGACGUCGAGGAAGAUCCAGAGUCGGACGACGACUCCGAUGUCGAUCCUGCCUGGGACGGGCUGAGCUGGGACCGCGCUGCGGCGAGGCAGGUGCUUCGUGGGCUGCUGGAGCCGGACCCGCGCAGAAGGUGGACAAUCGAUCGACUGUGUGCCAGCGCCUGGAUCAGACAGGAGGGCGGCGAGUCGGGCAAUCUGGCCGCCAUGGCUCCGCCCGCCUCGCUGCUCAAUAACGCGUCGGCGGUCCGCAACGCUCACUCGACGUCAUUGGCGACGGCGGCAGGUGCUGCGGAUGGUGCGGCUAGUGUCUUUGCCGAGCGACGCGCUUGGGCCAACUCGGCGUCCAAGUCGAAUUCGAGCUUAGCAGAGACGGCGAGCCAGUCGCAUGCAGCGCCGAGCUUUGACCGGGCGAAUGUGGACGAACAGUUCCAGCACACCGAGCGUGGACGCCGGUCAUCGAGCUUGGCUCGCACACGGCCGGAGAAGCUGGCAACCGGUGGCUCGGGAAGUGCAUCGCCAGCGCUGACGCCUUCGAUCUCGGCCGACGACGGUGCGGGUGCGCAGCGCCGCUCGCGCUCGACGUCGCGCAUCUCGGUGGUGCAUCGCGACUCGAGCCGCACGCGCAGCACCGACGUGAGCGGCAGCUCGACGCCCAACCGCGAGCGCGACCCGGCGUGGAUGGCACACCAUCUCGGCAGCUCGCUCAACUCGAUAAGCCACGCGUGGGUGCACAGUGCCAGCAAGGAGCGCUGCGACAGUCCCGCCGAGUCCGAGCGACGUGGUCGGCUGCCCAGAUCGAGGAUGGCGGAUCUGGACGAGAACACCACCUGGAACGGCGAGGAUGACACGAGCAGCGACAGUCGCGCCGGUUCGCAUGUGGCGGGCUCUCUGCAUCGCACGGGCCCCAUCGCGAUCCGCGGAAGGAGUGGCUCGAGGAGCCGCAGUCGGCACAGCGGCGAGAGUGGCUCGCCCGAGCGCUUUGCGCACCAUCGAUCCAUCUCGAGGUCGAGGUCGAACUACUCGCUGUCGCACGAGGCCGGUGCGCCGGGGAGCUUGCUGUAUGGCAGGAGCGUCGAGCCGCAGCCGACCGUGGCGCCGAUCAUGGCCGAUCACACGCAGGCACAGCGAUCGUCGACUGCACGCAGCAGAUCCAGGGCGCCCGAUGCGCUCGCCCAGAUCCUGGGCAGGCAGAGGUCGAGAAGCAGGUCGAGGAUGCGCGAUAGCAGCGCCAAUCCAGCUCCGGGUGUUCCGCCAGCAGGCGCAGCGGGCGUUGCGGCGAUAAAGAGCGCGCCAACACCGUCGGAUUCGGAGCAUGAGCAGGAGGCCAGGGGACGGGCUCGCGAUCGCAGGUAA